GGGAUCUUUUCCACAUUGCAAAAUGCAAUCAUGGUGCUUGAAGUUCUUUCCCAGGUGCUGAACGCUGAAGAUGACUCCCUCCGCCCUGGUGCUAUUCCUGUUUAUUUGUGGGGGGACCCCGACACACGGAAGCUUGGUGCAGCUUUACCACAUGGUCACCAGCGCAACUGGGAAGAAAGCCAUCCCAUAUUAUUCCUUCUACGGGUGUUACUGCGGACUGGGGGGCAAAGGGAGGCCCAAGGAUGCCACCGAUAGGUGCUGCCAGGUGCACGACUGCUGCUACGGCUGGCUACAGAACCGAGGGUGCCAGCCCAAGACCACCGGCUACAGCUACAGCCAGUGGUGGGGGCAGAUCCAGUGUGGACGCAGCGGUAACUGGUGCCAGCGGGGGACCUGCGGCUGUGACCGAGACUUGGCGCUGUGCCUGAAGGCCAACAAAGGCCAGUACAGGAGGAGGUACACCUUCCACCCAAAUGUGCUGUGCUUCGGCUCAUCUCCAGGGUGCUGAGUGAAACACCAGCGCCCGAAGGGUCAUGCCUGGCGGGUCACCAAGCAGCUCGAACCAUUUGGAAAU